GUUGUUUACCCCUGCAGGUUAACCUGCCUUGGUAGAGACACGUGCCGCCGGCGCCUGGAUCCUCUCGCUCCCGGGCCGGGGUUCGAUUCCGUCGAGGAAGAAAGGGAAACGCACGAACGGUACGGAAGGAACCAAGCGGAUCGACCGAUGGGCCACGUGGUGUUCCUCCGCGCGGCGGCCGCGGACCUGACGGCGGGGAAGCCGGCGCUGGUGGGCGUCCCAGCGUCGGCGCCGCUCUCGGCGGCCGCGGCCGCCAUCCCGGCGUCGCCCGAGGCCGCCGUGGCCGUCUGGCGCGACGGCGCGUCGCCGCUGGCACCCCCCGCCGCCACCGUGCUCGGCCUGCUCACCUCGCUCGACGUCGUCGCCUUCCUCGCCUCCUCCCGCGCCAGGGGGGGAGGCGACGCCGCCGCCGCCGCAGCGGCAUUGGACACGCCCGCCGGCGACGUCGUCCCGCGGGAGCAGGCGCUCGUCCGCGAGGUCGGGCCCGACGCAAGGUUGAUAGAGAUAGUGGAGCUGAUGAAGCAGGGGGCGAAGGGUGUCCUCGUGCGCAAGAACCUCACGGAAGGUUGCACCGUCAGCAGCAAGCAGCCCUUCACGCCGUUCUACAAAGCUGUGCCGAAGAUCACCGGAACACAGCGCGCCGGCACAGGACAGACGAUCAGGAGGUCGCCAUCUUCGUCCAUGUUUGGCUGCGACAAGUACUGCUGCCUGACCAGGGAAGACAUCGUCCGUUUCCUCAUCAACUGCCUCGGUGCCCUCGCGCCGAUCCCGUUGCAGUCGAUCUCCUCGCUUGGAGCCAUCAGCCGUAGCUACUGCCAUGUCGAGGCCCCCUCGCAAGCCAUCGAGGCCGUCUGGAAGAUGCCUUCCGACCCGCGUGCGGUCGCUGUUGUGCAGACGAACCACGAUGGGUCACACGUCAUUCUUGGUGAGAUAUCGGCUCACAAGCUGUGGAAGCGUGACUAUGUGGCUUCUGCGGAUGCGAUGACUAGGCAAUCCGCCCUACAAUUCGCCACCGGCAUCGACGACGAGAAUGGAGCAGCACUGGGUGCCACUCAUGGCAUCCGGGCCGGUGCACGGCUAGGGGAGGAGGUGGAGAAUGACAUCUUGCCUUCCCCAAGGUCGAUGAGAUUCAGCAGCAGGAGAAUUGGGUUCUCGGCGAGCCUUGCGAGCCAGUCGGUGCCGAGCCACGGGAAGAACAUGUUGCUGACCUGCAAGACUACAAGCUCGCUCGCGGCAGUGAUGGCGCAGAUGCUGGCGCACAGGGCAACACACCUUUGGGUCACCGAAAGCAACGACAAAGAGGAAGCCGUCUUGGUUGGCAUGGUUGGGUACAUGGAGAUCUUCAAUGCAGUCACCAGCAGUGUUGUUCCUCCGGCUUGAUCGGCUGCAUGCAGAUCCAUUUCGGCGCCUAGCAAAAUUUUGGUAGUUGGAUGGUGUUUUGGAUGCACUGUUUUCUUGAUCGAUUCGUAUUUAGACUGAGAAGGGAGAAGAAGUGGUACAAGGUUGCAGCAAAGCUAUUGGCUGCAAGCCCGACUCCUGAUUGGGUCACUAAUGUACUAGGGUUUAGAAAUAGUAUGUUAGCAAUUUGUUAACUGUUUCAAUGUUUUUAUACGUAGUCUGUUCUUUCUCAA